AUGCUGCCGCUGACAGCUCUGACCUUAUUGUUUUGCUUUUCGUCAGUACAUUGCCAUUCGAAACCCUCAAAUGCCAGAGAGUUCAAUAAAAAUAGGGCAGAAGAUGAGGCUGUUGAUGAGGAUUCAACUGAAUCGACUAGGAGAUUCAGUGCUAGUGAUUUUGAAGAAGGAGAAGAUGAGGAACGUUUGGUAAUUGACCUAUUUCGAGAUUAUAACUCAUUAAUUAGACCAGUUCGGAAUGUUACGAGUCCUCCAGUCACUGUCGACUUUGGCGUUGCUAUGAUCCUCUUAAUUAAUGUGGACGAGAAAAAUCAAAUUCUACAAACAAACGUAUGGCUGACAAUGAAAUGGAACGAUUUUCAGUUGCGAUGGAAUCCGCUCGAUUAUGGAAACAUUUCAAACCUCCAUGUGCCAUCGGACCGAGUAUGGUUGCCAGAUAUUGUAUUAUUCAACAAUGCCGAUGGAAACUACGAAGUUUCGUUCCGCUCGAAUGCUUUCGUCGAUUCGACUGGAGAUGUCACCUGGGUGCCGCCGGCAAUGUUCAAGAGCAGCUGUCGCAUAGAUGUUGAAUGGUUCCCAUUUGAUGAGCAAAGUUGCACACUUGUUUUUGGCUCUUGGACAUAUAAUUCAGAUGAGGUGGUGCUCAAUUGGUACAACAAUAUAAAAGCAGUUCAACUGACAGAUUAUUCGUACAGUGGAAUAUGGGAUGUGAUAGAUGUUCCCGGUUAUCUCAUAAACAAAAAAGAAACAAAGGAGAGCAAAAUCGUCUUUCAUGUCGUUAUUCGAAGGAAAACAUUGUUCUACACUGUUAUUCUGAUUAUUCCAACGGUUCUCAUGGCAUUUCUUUCGAUGAUGGCUUUUUAUCUACCAGCCGAUUCUGCUGAGAAAAUUUCAUUGACCAUAAAUUUACUGCUGGCUUUGGUUGUGUUUCUCUUGCUGGUUUCUAAGAUUUUACCUCCCACCUCAAACAUACCUUUGAUGGGUAAAUAUCUUCUAAUGGCAUUUGUACUAAAUAUAACUACAGUUGUGGUCACUGUUGUCAUAGUAAAUGUUUACUUUCGAAGUGCAAUAUCUCAUGAAAUGCCGAAUUAUGUGCGAAGAAUAUUUCUUGAAUUUCUCCCCAGGGUAUUAAUGAUGAAAAGACCUGAGCGGAUACCAAUAUUUAAUGGAUAUUUCGUCGAGGAGUACUGUGCUUCGGAGAUAUUCGAUGCAAUUCUAAUCCCCGUCACUUUUUCAUCGCGGGAUGAAGAUCGUCUAGUUGCUGAUUUAUUCAACGGAUAUAAUUCGCUUAUAAGACCUGUCCCGAAUGCGACAUCGCCCCCUAUUGAGGUUGCAUUUAGCUUAGCAUUAGUGCUACUGAUAAACAUCGAUGAGAAAAAUCAGAUUAUGCACACAAAUGUCUGGCCAACAAUGCGCUGGCUAGACUAUCAAAUGCGUUGGGAUCCAAGAAUGUACGGAGGCAUAGAAACAAUUCGAGUCCCUCCUGACAAAGUUUGGCUACCAGACAUCGUACUAUUCAACAAUGCGGAUGGAAACUAUUUGGUCUCGUUUUACUCUAAUGUUGUCGUGGAACACACCGGAGAAAUGUUAUGGGUGCCACCUGCCGUCUACAAGUCCAGCUGUAUUAUUGAUGUCGAAUAUUUUCCAUUUGAUGAGCAAGUCUGUUCACUCACGUUUGGAUCAUGGACAUUCAAAAAGGAAGAGGUGCAGAUUACUUAUCACAUGGGGAAACGCCAGGUGGAGCUGAAUGAUUACUCGUUUAGCGGUAUAUGGGAUGUGAUGGAAGUUCCAGGGCUACUUAUUGAAGAUAGAUCUAAGAUAACAUAUCAAAUUAGAAUAAGAAGAAAAACUUUGUUUUACACUGUGAUUUUGAUAAUGCCGACAGUGUUAAUGGCUUUCCUUUCAAUGAUGGUGUUUUACUUGCCGUGUGAAGCAUCCGAAAAAAUUACGCUGGCUAUAAGCAUUCUUCUCGCUUUGGUGGUUUUCCUAUUGCUAGUGUCGAAGAUUUUACCUCCGACUUCUUCGAAUAUUCCACUCAUGGCAAAGUACCUGCUGAUGACCUUUGUUAUGAACAUGAUCACUAUAAUGGUUACGGUAAUUAUCAUCAAUGUCUAUUUUCGUGGACCAGCAACACAUACCAUGCCAAACUGGGUUAGGACUCUUUUUCUGAAGCACCUUCCUUUGCUUCUGAUCAUGCGCAGACCAGAAUCUACUGAACUAGAGCUAAAACGAGCUCGAGAAGCGAAAAAAGAGCGGAGGGGACUACGUGGAGUGCUGAGUUCCAUGAGGCAUCCAGAUCUCAGAAUAGCAAGGUCGAAUGGUUCAGCAGAAGUGGAGGAAGAAGCGCAAGCAUCAUCGACAAAACAAGAAGAGGUGCUUGAUGCGCGUACUCAAGAAGAUCCUGCUUUUUCUAGUGAAGCUAAACAGGCGAUGGAAGCAAUCGAAUACAUCACACGCCAUCUUACAAGAGAUAAUGAUUAUAAAAGACAAUGCGAUGAAUGGAAGUACGUUUCUAUGGUACUGGACCGUCUGCUGUUGUAUAUAUUCUUUGCAGCGACAACCGGUGGGACUAUGGGUGUGCUCUUCUCCGCACCCAAUGUAUUCGAAUAUGUUGAUCAAGCGGCUGUAAUCGAGAAUCUCAAACAGUCAGCAAUUGCUGAACAAAACAACGCUGGCUUCACAUUUUGA